AUGAUUAUCAGCCUCGGCGUGGCGCUCUUUCUUACUGGUAUCGAGGCGACCAUUGUGAGCACGUCACUAGUGACCAUCACAAAUGACCUUCAAGACUCUAGUGAAAGCAGUUGGGUGGUCACCUCCUAUCUGCUAACAUAUACAGGAUUUCUUAUCAUUUGGUCAAAUUGCGGCAAAAUAUUUGGGGUUAAACCAGCUCUCCUCACUUCCCUGUUUAUUUUCACGACAUUCUCCGGUGGCUGCGCCAGUGCUCGAAGUCUCAACCAGCUGUGCGUUGCACAAUGUCUCUUCCUCCUCCUAAGCCUACCAGAACUAACUCAUCUAAAUCGUAGAAUCGUGUGUCGCGCAUUCCAAGGCGUUGGUGGUGCUGGUGUCUACACCUUGACGCUCUUCUCUCUUCUUCGCAUCUAUCCUUACGAGCGGUUUGACACGGUCAGCUCGAUCACUGGCGGAAUUAUAUCCCUAGGCCUUGUCCUGGGGCCUUUAUUUGGAGGUGCUAUUUCCAAUAGUGGAGCUUGGCGCUGGAUAUUCUUGUAUAAUGUUCCAGCAGGUGCUUUUGCUUGGCUUGUGAUUUUAUUCGUCCUUCCAGACCAAUUCCCAGAUUCAUCUCCAGUGCCAACUGAAGAGUCAACAUCAAAACGAAUUUGGGUAAACGCAAGGUCUUUUCACAAGUUGGACGUUCUAGGCGCAUUCCUAGUGUUGACUACAUGUUCGUUUCUCAUUGCUGCUCUCCAGGAAGGGAAUUUCGAGUAUUUAUGGUCCUCAGGCCUGGUAAUCAGUUUUCUUGUUAUCUCCGUGGUCGCGGGGAUUACCUUUGUCUGGUGGGAGUGGUUCGUUUAUCAACAUGAUCUGAAAGUUGUUCCGGUAUUUCCGUGGAGGCUGACCCGCAACCGAGUCUUCAUGGGUGUUGCUCUGUGUGUAUUCAUUCUCCUAGGGUCCAUUGAAUCAACUAACCAGCCGCCAUACAGAGGAUUCUUUACAACCGGUCUGCCCAUGACCGUCUGUAUCAUCGAAAUUCCACAGCGAUUUCAAAUCGUCAACGAAAGCUCUCCGCUCGGUGCAGGCGUCAAAUUACUAUCAUUUGCGCUGAGCUGUCCACUCGGUAUCAUAGGCUGCUCUGUACUGGCAGGGCGGCUUAGGAUUCCCUUCUGCUACAUUGCGUUGGUUGGUAUAGCCUGCGAGGUCACCGGCUUCUUCCUCUUCUCGGAAAUCCCUUCCACGACACACCUUUUGCUAGGGCAAUUCGGAUACCUUGUUUUAGCUGGGUUAGGAGUAGGCCUGGCUGUCUCCGCAUUCUACAUGGCGGUUUCACUUGUGGUAGAUUUGGAGGAUCAAUCAACUGCUGUGGGUAUUGGGGUCCAACUUCGAAUGCUAGGCGGAGUUCUGGGAGUCGCAGCUUCGACCAGUAUUCUACAUCAUUAUCUUAAGAGCCGAUUGUCGGAUACGAUACGACCUGGGGAGCUAAGUGCUCUUUUGAAAACGACUGAAUCGAUCAAGGCUUUUUCACCGGAGAUUCAAUUUCGUGUUCACGAGGUUUACGCAAUGGCCUACAGCAUGCAGAUGAAGCUGGCGGGUGCGUUUUCAGUAGCGCAGUUGUUGGCUGUGGUGAUGAUUUGGAAGAGACAGAAUGUGCGGUACUCAAAACAUUAG